CGUUCGAGGGCACGUGCUCGUCCAUGACAUUUCCCCCGAUAUAGGCGAUGCGAUAGCGAAACAAAGCUCUCUUAUAAUAUAUCAUAUUCCACCGCGAAGCGUGCGAAGUACGCUAUUACCUAGAAAUCGAGAUCGCCUUCCCCUGGCCCCUCCUCGGAGGUGGCUCGGAGGCCAUGAGUAUACAAUGGAUGCUGGAUACUCGUGGGCUUCUUACCACCACGCCCCCCGAUCCCCGAACCAGACUCGACAACAAUGCCACCCUUCUUGUUAGUUGGUGGGCAACUGGAUUCUCCCUAGCCAUUAUCGUCACUCGAGUAUGUGGCCGCUACGUCCGGACUGAACGUUUUUUCAUGGAAGACAAGGUCAUGCUGGCUGGUGUGAUCCCGCUACUCAUUCGCAUGGCUUGUGUGCACCUCAUUCUAAUAUGGGGAACGAAUAAUACGAAGACGGCGGGACUUUCUGCCGAGAAUAUCGAUCAUAGAGUCGUUGGUAGUAAAUUGGUAUUGAUCGCCCGAAUAUCCUAUGCUGUCUUUAUCUGGACGGCGAAAAUCACCGUAUGUGAGUUCUUAAAGCGUGUUUCGGGCAUGAUCUGGCGACGAUCCCUCAAUAUCUUCCGCAAAUUGCUCUACUAUUUCCUGGCCUCCACUCUCCUCGCAGUGGUCAUUGCUACUCUUGCGGAGUGCUCUCCGUUCUACCGAUAUUGGCAAGUCGUGCCGGAUCCAGGCCCAAAGUGCCGCCUGGGCUAUGCGAACUUGGUCGUGAUGGGAACUUGCGACGUGAUCACCGACUUGCUUCUGGUCGCAUUUCCGAUCCCAUUCAUCAUGAUGACCCAUAUGGCCUUGAAGCGCAAAGCCGCUCUUGUUGUCUUGUUCGCCUUGUCAUUGAUUCUGGUGGCAAUCACUCUAUACCGGGUACCAUCCGUCAUCUGGCACGAUGGAGAGCAACAGUACCGAUCGCUUCUGGCGUCGCUGGAGAUUCUAGUUGCGACCGCGGUAUCAAAUGCCGUGGUGAUUGGCUCCUUUGUACGAGACAAGGGCGUCAAGAAGAAUAAGUUCAAGAAAGCCCUGGCAUCUGCUUCGGUCAGUGAGAACUUGGACUAUAGCUCCUUCCGCCGCCAAACCAUAACGCAUCACCAAUGGGGCAGCGAUUCAGACUUGGCCGCCGGCUUGGGCAUGCGUCUGAAGCCAGAAAUGUGUUCUUCAGACCGGGACCUGCCCCGUCCGGCGCCGGUUGCAGCUCCUUACCACUCCCUCGCAGGCCGCCCCGGCCUAUUGAACCCAAACUGGUCUUUCGCGCCACGACCAGGAGGCAUGGAAGAUGACCGGACGUCUACCACAGGCAGUCUGGAGAUCAAAGUCAGCCCCCUUGAAUACAUUGAGACCAAUAUCUCUCCGCGCAGGAUCCCGGAAGCCUCCUCUCCCACUCAGCUCUCCAUCUUCGACGCCGGCGGCUUGCUCAACGCUCCCACUCCCACUACCACACAUCCAUCCCAACACCUCAUUCAACCGCGCCAUUCUAGUGGCAGUGGUACAUCUGCAGUCUAUGACUUCGGAGCUGCCGCCCCGGCAUCCAGCUUGGACCUGACUCCAGAUGAGGCUAAUGCCACCUACCAUCCCCCGCGUUCGUCUUCAUCCAUCUCGUGCUCCUCUCGCUCAGGAGGAUACCGCUGGAAUUCGCUCCCGCCAAAUCGUCGUAUGUCUAGCGUUCACUUCUCCGAUCCAUCUAACUCGCCCGUUCCGUCCUAUCGCUCUCAACCCGAUUGGACAGGGCCGAUCCCGGAGAGUGAGGAUGUCGAGCUCCAGGAUGUGGGAGGGUUGCUUUCGCGUCGUUGAUGAUCGCCGUCAGUGUGAGCAUGGAUGCUCCCCGAGGCUGUGUCGUGUCUGUAUUACUAUUGAAUUUCUUAAGACUUGAGCUUAGCGUGGUGAUAUUCUUGUUCUUGGGACUGGAUUUGGGAUUGAUCUCAGGUAGGAUAACGGAGUUGGGUACGAUUCAAUGGCAAUAUAUAACCCUGGU